ACGGCCAAUAGCGAAAGGUAUGCCGCGAUGAAGCAACCUGACUCAACACAACCGACGUUUCUUUCUUUGGCUUUCAUAUCUCUCACCCCAUCUGCCGACGAACCUGCUGCCUUUCCCCCUGGUCUUUCCCCAAGCUUACCAGAGACAAACUAAAUGGAGGAGCUGACAAGACAGCUGGAUUCCUGCCAGCAGCGGCUAGUCGAGGAACUCGCCAAAGAGCGGGAUGAGCUGAAGGCUGAGCGUGAUCAUUACAAGGCAAGGCUGGAGGUCGCAGAGGAGCGCAAUCGACAGACGGAGAUCUACAUCAAUGAGCGACUGGACAAGGCAGAAGACCGCAUCAAGGCCCUCGAAGGCAAGCCGGCACUCAGCCCUCACGCCCCUCACACCAUCGUGUGGGCGGGCGGUGAGUACUAUGGCCGUCUUUGCGACGGCGUUCCUGAUGGCAGUGGGCUGCUGCGGACACUGGACGGCUGCCACAAGCUGUAUGACGGAGAAUGGAAGGCGGGCAAGCGUGAGGGUGACGGCAUGAGCUACUUCGACACCAACAGCCAAAGCAAACCCAACCCACUGAAGUAUCGUGGCCAGUGGAAGGAGGACCACUGCCACGGCCACGGCAUCGGCUAUCACGCCGCUGGCAGGGUAUUGUACGAUGGCCAGUGGAAGAAUGGCCAACACGACGGGCAGGGCACCUACCACCAGAUCGCAUUCGUCUAUGGUUUCUACACGGGCGGGUGGGUGGCUGGCGAGAUGCAUGGCCAGGGCGAGAUGACGAACUACACAUCGCGUCAAGACGGGAAAUGGCAGCGCUACUCCGGUGCAACUCUCAACGGCCAGCGUCACGGCAGGGGCAAGCUUGAACAGCUCCUUCAGGGUGGCGUCUGGAUCUGGGAGUACGAGGGGCAGUGGGUGGAGGGGAACCGGUGCGGCCAAGGGACGGCCUAUUGGCUGAAGGAAGACGGCAAAUGCUGCUAUGAGGGAGAAUGGGCCGAUGAUAUGAUGCACGGCAAAGGGAAGGCCUUCGAUAAUAGCGGUGCUACUGUGUUAUUCGAUGGCGAGUGGCGGCAGGGGAGGUUGCACGCUGGAGUGUUCUUGCCCGAUGACUCCCCAGUGUCGUGGAAGGCGGGGCAGAGGAUUUCAAGUGCCGUCAGGAAGAAGCUGGAGAAGUUAUGUGGCGAGACUCCUGACUGGCUGCCCGAAGCUGAGCCGGAUGGCCAGACACAGACACGAGGAGGCUUGGCAUCUGGCCAGACACGAGGAGGCUUGGCAUCUCUGCUCCGGCCGAACUAUACACACAUGCAGUGAGUGAUGCGUGAGAUCGUACAGCUGAGUUGCAUCCUGUCCUUCGAUGUGUGUCAUAUGGUGUAGUGUAUCCCUGACAAUCUUCGUGUGCGUCUGCGUGGUGUGUUUGUGUGAGUGUCUCUUGUCGGUAGGCAGUGAAUUUUAUCUGUGCGCUGGGCUCUGGUGCCGUGAUUUCGUUAAUGGAGGCAGACAAAGACCCAUUGAGAGCGAGCAGAGCGUGUGAUCGGGAGUAUUUGAUGUAUGUUCAGAACAGUCAGAACAGCGAAGAAAUGCAUGAUUCAGUGCAAGGAGAAGCAUCGAACCAUGGCCGCACCGCACUUGCGCCACACAAGCUAUACAAGCACGCCACACCUGUGUCGCUAUCUU